ACCCUGACUGGAGCUCAGUUCAGUUGCGGACAUUGCAGAGCUUCAGUCACACGCACCAUGAAGACCUUCACCUUGAUAACAGCUUUAACUCUCUGCAGCUUUAGCUGGAUCUCUGUCUCAGGUUCUGAGUCUCAGACUGUGGAGGUUCAGUCUGGUGAAGAAGUCACACUGACGUGCUCCAGCAUGUCCAGCUAUGGAUCCAUGACAUCGUGGGUCAGACUGGUGGACGGAACCAAGGCCAGCUGUAUCACUGUUAUGUUCGACGCUAAGAGCGAUGUUAAAUACUGUGAUGGAGUUCAAAUUUGGAAAUUUGAAAUGAGAUCCAACAUCUCCACUCUCUCACUCAAAAUCAAACACGUGGAUUUAUCUGACUCUGGACAGUAUUUCUGUGGAUUUUAUUCAAGUCGCCGUCUAACUUUCAGUGAAAUAUAUACAUUAAAUGUUAAAGAGACUGAUCUCUUCAUCAAUGAGACACAUGAUGACGUGGACAGCCAGUGUGAAAUGAGUGACGGAACUGCAAAGCUGACGAGUAUGAUCCUGGGCGGUCUGACUGGUUUCCUGGUAGCGGUCAUCUUUGGUCUGGUUGUUAAAGUCAGGAAGCUGCAGACAGCUGAUGAAGAAGAACAGAAUCCAGAGCAAAGAGAGAAUGUGGAGCUGAACUACGCAGCAGUGAUAUUUCAACAGAGAGCAAAAAGAAGACAGCCGGAGCCAAAUGUUAUUUAUGCUGCUACCAGAUAAGACUCAGGAGAUAACUGGAGCUGAUGCUGUAAUAAUAUCAAUAUGCUUUGGAGCUUUUGUAGAGCUUGUUGGUGAGAGGAAGAACCACUCUUGCCAAAACAUUUAAUUUUGCAAUAAAGAUCCGAUGCAUGCAGA